AUCUCUGCUAUCUACAGGAAAAGGAUGCACUAGAAGCAAAACCAUCAACAAGUUUUUCCCCACUCAAGUCAUUAGAGGAAGCGGAAGAAGUGCCAAGGAAACCAAAGGGGGCAGCACCAGCACCGUCAACAGCGAAACCAAAGGAGGCAGCACCAGCACCGUCAACGGCAGCAGAUAGUGAUAACAAGCUUGCUUCAAACCCUAAUAGGAAGGAAUGGCGAUUCAUACGUUCAGCAACACAGCUCAACGACGCAGGAAUAACUUUUAAAAACAGCAAGGGGAGAUUGUUUGAUAUAAAGUUUUACAAGGGGGUAAUGUCAAUUCCAACUUUAAGAAUCGACGACAAUACAGAGUCCAUUCUUCGGAAUUUGGUUGCUUAUGAACAGUGCUCCAAGGGCGCAUCUUCAAAAUGUUUCACGGAUUAUAUUAUAUUCAUGGAUCGCCUCAUCAACAUAUGGAAGGAUGUUGAAUUACUUUCUAAACAUGGAGUUAUUGAUAACUGGUUAGGUGAUAAUGACGUGGUCGCUGCAAUGUUGAACAAAAUCGGUGACUCUGUGUUGAUCUCAAAAGACCACUUCUCUUAUGCUGAGACCUUCAAGAAAGUGAAUGAGCAUUGUGACAGAAAGUGGAACCAGUGGAUGGCAAAUUUAAGGCACAAUUACUUUAACACUCCAUGGGCGGGCAUUUCCUGCGUCGCUGGGGCUUUCUUGCUUCUACUUAAUUUGGUUACAGGUGUUAUGUCGGUUCUUUCUUAUCUAUUGAAUUAAGUAUGGAAAAGCUCCUCUCUACAUGGUGAAGGCAGAGGCAGAGGCAUAUUGGGGUAUCAAAAGUGAAAGUUAUGCCCAACGCAUAUCUUCAUGGUUAUGUUCGUCAUUCCAGAGUUUGCAAUAAGUGAAGCUAGCUGCUCACACAAAAUUGUUUCCCUGUUUAAAUUGUGAUGUCGUGUCAUGUUAUGUAUUCUACUGAAAAUUUGCG